AUGCGCGAACUUGUACGGGAAUUGGCGAAAAUCCAAAACGCAUUCGAGAACUCGUUUAUUUAUCGAAUUGUCGACCAAAACUUGAACAGUGCUGCUCCGUACAUCGGAGUUCGACGAAACGAUGAUAACACUUGGACUUAUUCCGACGGACUACCACUAAAAUACGAGAAUUGGGCUCCGAAAGAUUACGUUCCACGUCUACAAAACGGUCCAACCAAUCGAACCACCACUUGUCCGAGGACUCCAUGCGCGGGAAAUAAAUGCUGCUUUGAUCAUCCUCUGGUGAAAAAUCUGGUCACCAACAAGACUCAAUGUGGCCUUCAAUUGGCGCCCGAUCAAGUUCUCCACCCGCCCGGUUUCACCGAUCCCGAGUGCAUAGAGGCGACAACACCUUUACCACCAACUACGACACGUCCUCCAUGUGGCUCAGGAUGCGCGCAGAAUCUCUCAUCCUACCGAGCUACUGGCGAAAAUGGCACCUUGAUUUUCACCUAUACAACGGAUGGAGCCGGUUGUCUCACAGCCACCUACUCAUGUCGGCGAAAUGAUUUCCCGAAUAAAAAUAUGUUCUUCGGUGUCAUGACUCAAGUGCGAACAGGGACUCGAUUUUUUGCCUAUAUCAAAUAUGGGAAUCCGGUGAUCUCCGAUUCAGCCCAUUACUUCCUUUGUUCGCCGAGUGCUGAAUGGGACUAUGUGGGGUCAACCGGUGGGAAUUUGAUCACCGCCGUGCAAAUCGUCUGCUACAUCAACGCGACAACGAGCGGU